UAACAACCAGCCUAUAAAAGUCAAAGCAACAUCAAAUUCUAGGACCGCAGAGAUAAACCCAACAAGGCUUCUUUAUAAUUUAAUAUCCAUUUUAUACACAAGGACAGCAAACAUGGCCUCUGGACCUUCAACACCAGCUAAGCCGCAGAAGCAACCUGUCUUUGAAUCUAAUGAAGCUGCUCGACGCAUUUACAGGAUUCCUGCUCUUCUGUAUGAGAGAGAAAGUAAAACUUUACUUGCCUUUGCAGAGCAGAGGAAGACUCCAGAUGAUGCCAGUGGAGAAAAGCUGGUUAUGAGAACAGGAACGAUCAAGGAGGGAUCCUCUGAGAAGACGAUUGAGUGGUCAGAGCUCAAAGAGGUGGAAAAGGCACUUUUAUACCGCCCAAUGAACCCCUGCCCGGUGUAUGAGAAGGUCAACAAAAAACUUUUCCUGUUUUUCAUCUGUGUUGAAGACGGUAUCACUGAGAGGUACCAAAAAGAAAACUGUGACAACAGGACCCGUCUCUGCUAUAUCACAAGUGAGGAUCUUGGAGAAACCUGGAGCAAUGUGACCGAUUUGACGGACAAACUGUGUGAAAUAAAAAACUGGGCCACAUUUGCUGUUGGGCCAGGCCAUGGGAUUCAAACAGAGGGUGGUAGACUGAUUAUCCCAGUAUAUGCUUUUACUUGUUGCAGUAGUACUUGCCUCUUAAGUUGCUGUUGUAAACCAGUUGCAUGUUCGUUCAGUUGCUGUUAUAAACCAGUUACAUGUUCGUUCAGUUGCUGUUAUAAAUCGUAUGCACUCUCACUGUAUAGUGAUGAUCAUGGUAAAAACUGGAAAUUUGGUCAAAUGUUUCAGUCAGAAUCAGGUGAAUGUCAAAUGGCAGAGGUCUAUGAAAACAAAAGCUCCAGCUUCAUUUAUUGCAAUGCUCGGAGUUCUUGCUCCUCUCGAGUGGAAGCAGCCAGUCAUGAUAAUGGAGUUAACUUCAACAUUCUCCAACCUGGAGACAAGCUUGUGGAAACAGAUUCAGGCUGUCAGGGAAGUGUGAUCUCCUUCCCAGCUCAACAAGAAAGUGCAAACACAGAAAGUGACACAAGCCAGAACCAAAACAAGUGGCUGCUGUUCACGCACCCAACCAAUCCGACAGACAGGGAUGAUUUAGGAGUGUAUCUGAACAAAUCCCCACGUGAUCCAAAGGCAUGGAGCAAACACUGGAUCAUUAAUAAUGGACCCAGUGGUUACUCAGACCUGGCUUACAUUGAUAAUGGCUGGUUUGCAUGUCUGUUUGAGUGUGGGCAGCACGAAAUACAUGAGCAGAUAGCCUCUGUUGUCUUUUACAAGGACGUCUAGGAAGGCAUUGAAAAGAUGUCAACUAACUGAAAAAAAGAAAAAAAAAGUGUUUUAUAUGCCAUUUAUUGGUUUGUAUGAACAAAUUGUAGUAGGAUCCUUUAAACAUCAACUUUUAUUAGUAAAUCUUAAUAUAAGAGUGUAAUUAAUAUUCAGUGAUUAUCUUCAUAAACAUCUUGAUGCCUGCUCAAGCAUCCGGUUAAGUCAAUUCCAAAAGGUUGAAUCUGUUCAUCUGAACGUAGCAUUUUCAGUGGAAGAAACAUUUUGUCAUGCAUCCAAGUUACUUCUUCAGUGCUGUAUCUUCAUAAACAUUAAGUGCUCUGUUUCUCUCUUAACGUCAUGUUAGUCUUGUAAUAAUAGUUGUGUGUAUAUAUGCAAUGCUAAUGUAGAAAAUAACAGAUAUUAUCCACUCUUCUUUUCUUUUCCCAGGAACAGAAAUUAAUAAAGAUUUCUCAACGUCAUGUUUAAAGUUUCCUGGUUCAACUGAAUCACUUUGUUGUUGUUGUUGUUGUAAUAAGUCAUUAAUUAAACUGCUCAGUCACUGAUAAAAUGUUUAAAUAAGUUUAAUAAUUGUAAUGAUUGUAAUCAAUAAUAAAUGUUUUCAUUGGUUAAAGA